AUGAACGACGACCACGCAAUGACCGCCCCAAAACCCGACGAACAACAACAUGCGCCAUGGCUGCCCAUUCCCUCCCGCGCCAUCUCGGUUGUCGAGCACCCAUGCAUCGUCAAGAACGUGGACAAGGGCAUCGCCUCGCUUGGCGGACCUGUCAAAUUGAGCAAAGGCCUGCGAUCGAAACCGGAGGCCACGACCGAAGGCGAGAACGAUGACGACCUCAAACAGCUCAUCUCUGUCUCACUCCGGCCAGACGACCCUUUUGCCAAGCGACUGCUCUCCACGGCAGUCACCACUAACAACAUUCUGCUUAAGGUAACAGUGCCAAAGAGAACAGGCCGCAAACGCAAGCGUGGCAGUUCGGGUCCUUUUCUUUGCGAGGAGGGCGUCGAAGCUGAACCCAAUGGCUCAUCAAGUACCCACAACAAACAACCUAGCAAAACAUAUGUCAAUGCCUCGACUAUCUUCAGGAGCUUACAAGACAAUGCAUCUACCUACAAGGCAUCAAUCGCCGGAUUGGUCGACGAGACACAUCGCUUCAGGAGCCUGAUCACUUACACCUUGGCAGACAGCGGGAUCAAAGAUUACGAAGUCAACACAGCAGCUGGAGCAGACCUUUCAAAGAGCGUUGGUCCUUCGGCAGAAUUCGUGCAAAUGCCAAUUGCAUUCAACUAUCGUUUCCAGCAAAAUACCUUCGUCAAAUAUACCGACGAAGGUGUGGUCAACUUGCAGAGAAGCUUGGCCCAUAGCUCCUAUAUCAUCAUCAAACCAACCGACGGGGAUGUGCCGACUGGUCCGAAGGCGAAUUUACCUCCAGAGUCAUCGCUCACUCCGUACCUACAGACAAUCGUCACACAGAUCAAGACCGAGCUCGAAAAAAGACCCAUUAUCACCCGCCAUCUGCUUUACAACAAGCUGGGCUGGGAUCGACGUGUUCGCAUACGUCAAGCUGCCGUGUAUUGUGGUUACUUCUUUGAGAGUGGACCCUGGCGAGAGGCACUUGUUAGGUGGGGUGUCGACCCUCGCAAAGAUCCCGAGUACCGCAAGUAUCAGACCGUCUCGUUCAUGUCAUAUCUCAAAUCAGGACGGGCGAAGCACGGGAGGUCAUUCGACGACCAUGUUCAAAGGCUCACACAAAUGUCGGCGAAAGAGCUAGAGAGGGAACACAUCUUCGAUGGCAAGAGCGUCUCGACCACAGGGAAUCUGUUCCAGUUCUGCGAUCUUUCAGAUCCACUGUUGACUAAGGUAUUAUCCACACAGGAUAUCCGAACCACAUGCGCACCGACAUUUCAAGGCUGGUACCAUGUUGGUACAUGGGCAAAAGUUACAGUCAUUCUCAAACACAAGAUGAACACGCUUAUUGCUGGCGAAACUCCAGACGAUACCGUCUAUGAACGCGUCGUCUCAUGGCCUGAAACGUGGGAUGACCAAGAGAUGGCGUCCACCUACAAGGCUGAAGUGGACAACCGCCAAAUACACGAAGAGAAGAAGAAGGAACACGACGUCAUGCACAGUGUACGGUGGGCCGCAAGAAAUCCACGAUACGCUUUCGAAAAAAUGGAGGCUGCAGACGAAGAGCAUGAAGUGCCGCAAUCGGAAGCCCAAGAUACGGAGAACGCAGAGGAAGCAGAGGUUCCUGAGGACAUGACCGAGGAGCCUGAAACGGCUGCUGCAAUUCUUAAUGAAGGCGAGAAAGAGGUUGACGAUGCAGAGGACGAUGCAGAGGACGAAGAGGAGGAUGGUGAUGCCCCACAGUUCGAACAGGAAUUGGUAGGAGAGGAGAACUAUGAUGACGACGAAGACGAUGAGGAUGCUGAUGAAGACAUUCGUAUCAUGUCAGCGCGUGCAGCAUCAGAGGGUCCAGCGCCUUUUGGUGGUCUGUAUCGAGGAUAA